UAUUUCACAUAUUCUCAUUUCCCUCUUUUCAAGAGUAUUCAACAUGUUCUUUUCGUAAUAAAAGUUUAGUUUUCAAUAUGAGCAUCAUAUUGAUCUCAAUCAACAUGGUGAUUGUAUUCAUGAUCAUGAAAAUCAGAGACAGAUCACCUAAUUCGUCCUCAUGACGAAUUAAAAUUCUAGUUUCAGUAUCACUUCGGCAGCAAUUCGUGCAACGAUUUCCAAAUGAAGGAAGGCAAAUUUUCUGUGACUUCGUGAAAUGAAGUGGUCUCUACAGAUGGCGAUAAACCAAAUAAAAAGAAGAAGUUCAAGGAAGUGAUGGAUGAGGAGAUUUUGAGUGAUUCAGAUAUCAAUAGCCCCGAUGAUGAUGAAGGAAGAGGUUCUAGUGAUGCUUCAUCUGGAGAUGAAAAGGAACAGGAGACAGCGCAGGAGAAACGACUUCGUCUCACUAAGCAAUACUUAGCACAUUUAGAAGCAGAAGAAAAUGAAGCUGAAGAAUCCCUUACCCCGGACAAAGAUGCUAUUGCACACAGACUUAAGUCAGAACUGUUGGAACAGAGUGGGAAACUUCAGAAGUUUGUUGCUUCAGAGUAUGCAUGUCCAUCUAUUAAUGACCUCACUAUCCUGCGAGGUCACCAACUAGCCAUCACAUGCUUAGUGAUAUCAUCAGACAACAAGUUUAUUUUCAGUGGAAGCAAAGACUGUUCCAUUAUUAAAUGGAAUGUAGCGACAGGGAAGAAAGAACAUAAGAUACCAGGAGGAAGGAAAGGAACAGAGGGCAAACAUAUUGGACAUACUGAUCACAUCUUAGCACUCGCUCUGUCUUCAGAUGACACUCUCUUAGUAUCUGGGUGCAGAAACAAGCUGAUCCAUGUAUGGGAUUCAUGUACAUGUACUCUUAAACACACAUUCAAAGGUCAUCGUGAUGCUAUAUCAGGCCUAGCUUUCCGAAAGGGCACCCAUCAGUUAUUCAGUUCAUCACACGAUCGUUCAGUAAAGAUUUGGAAUCUUGAUGAGAUGGCAUAUGUAGAAACCCUAUUUGGACAUCAAGAUGCAAUAACAGGUAUAGACAGCUUGACAAGGGACCGUUCCAUUACAUCAGGAGGGAGAGAUAACUCUAUCAGGAUAUGGAAGGUGCUUGAAGAAUCACAGCUCAUCUUCCAUGGCCACUUGGGCUCUAUUGACUGUGUAAAGCUGAUAAAUGAGGAUCAUUUUAUUUCAGGAUCAGAUGAUGGGUCAAUUGCUUUAUGGAGCGUCAUGAAGAAGAAACCUUUGAGUAUAAAACGUGAUGCUCAUCUUGGACCUGUGGGAGCAACUCAUUCCUGCAAGAUCAAAGAGAAUUGGAUAUGUUCUGUAGCAGCUUUGCAGGGAACUGAUCUUGUGGCAUCAGCAGGAUCCAAAGAUGGAACCAUAAGAUUCUGGCAGUGCUCUGAAGGUUACAAGUCAUUAUCUCCGGCAUUCCAAGUUCCUUUGGAGGGUUUCAUUAACUCCAUGCAAUUUUCAAGUGAUGGGACAUUUCUUGUUGCUGGUGUUGGGCAAGAGCAUCGUCUAGGACGAUGGUGGCGUCUCAAAGAAGCGAAGAACAGCAUUGCUAUUCUCAAACUCCACAAAACCAAUGCUGAGAAUAUCAGAUGAUGUAGUAGAAAUAAGAUAUGAUUACGUUUGGGCUCGAUAGAUUGUGUACACAUGUCUCACCAAAUACCCUUCUUGGAGUCUUUUCAAAAGCUCAUAUUUAGUUUGCUUUGUUUAGUUUUGAUUAUAGAAUUUUCAGCCAUCCUAUGAUUGAGAAGGUGUUUCAACCCUAAUUUACCUGGGCUAUUUCAGACCAGGGUAUACCAUGGACUUACCAUAUACUAAGGGGGGGGGGGUUCUAUUUGACCAUCCUUCAGAUCUCGGCCGAUGAUUGUGUAAUCGAUUCGAAAGUUUGCGUAAAGCCAGAUGUAAACUACAAGACUGUAGUUAAAGGGGAAUCCAGCCUUGGCCAUAACAUGUUUUGUUAAGAAGGAGAAAAAAA